GUGUACACUGCAUCUUUCGCCUUUUUCGAAGCCCUCUGGGAGGGAGGUGUCACCCAUGUCUUUGUCAAUCUGGGAUCGGACCAUCCCUCUAUCCUCGAGGCCAUGGUGAAGGGUCAGAGGGAGAGCAAAGACCGAUUCCCCACGAUCAUUACUUGCCCCAAUGAGAUGGUCGCCCUUUCAAUGGCCGAUGGCUACGCACGCCUGACUGGAAAGCCACAAGCCGUAAUUGUCCACGUCGAUGUCGGAACACAAGGACUCGGCGCCGCCGUUCACAACGCCUCCUGCGGACGCGCUCCUGUUCUGAUCUUCGCUGGUCUUUCCCCCUACACAAUUGAAGGCGAGAUGAGAGGCUCCCGUACGGAAUAUAUCCAUUGGAUCCAAGAUGUACCCGAUCAGAAGCAGAUUGUCUCGCAGUAUUGCCGUUUCACGGGGGAAUUGAAAUCCGGCAAGAACGUAAAGCAGAUGGUGAACCGAGCACUGCAAUUCGCCACCAGUGAUCCCCAGGGACCGGUAUAUCUGCUGGGUGCGCGGGAGGUUAUGGAGGAGGAAAUUGAGCCUUAUCAGCUAAACCAGGCAAAUUGGGUGCCUGUUGCGCCAGCCGCUUUGCCCGCGUCCGGAGUCGAGUUUAUUGCAACGGAGCUAGCCGCGGCUAAGCACCCUUUGGUAGUGGUCGGCUAUACAGGCCGGAAGUCUCAGUCGGUGAGUGAGCUGGUCACAUUAGCGAAUAGCUUCAAGGGUAUCCGAGUGUUGGACACCGGCGGCAGUGAUAUGUGUUUCCCAGCCAAUCACCCAGGAUGGCUGGGUCUGCGGUACUCGGGCCAUGAUCUUGUGGGAACUGCUGAUCUAAUCCUGGUCAUUGACUGUGAUGUUCCCUGGGUUCCUACUCAGUUCAAGCCGUCCGAGUCGGCCAAGAUUGUUCACAUUGAUGUCGAUCCUCUGAAGCAGCAGAUUCCCGUUCACUACAUUCACUCUAUGGCUACUUUCCGCGCAGAUUCUGCCACAUCGCUCAAGCAAAUUAAUGACUAUGUUGCGAGCAAUGAGCAGCUGCAGCAGUUCCUUCGCUCUCAGGAGAACAUCAACAUGGGUCAAGACCGAGACAAGGAGUAUCGGAAGCGACGCCAGGAGAUCGCAGAUUUGGCUGUAGCACCAGAAGGUGGUGAUGGUGCUUCGCUGAACAUCAACUAUCUCAUGUCACAGGUUCGUAGCGGAUGCCCAGACGACGCCAUCUGGGCCGUUGAAGCUGUCACCCUCACCCAUUUCGUUGCCGAUCAAGUUUCAGCCACCUUGCCGAACUCUUGGAUCAACUGUGGUGGAGGCGGACUGGGCUGGUCUGGUGGUGGUGCGCUGGGAAUCAAGCUGGCGUCUGACGUGGAACAUGGCGGCAAAGGCAAGGGCAAGUUUGUCGUUCAGGUAGUUGGAGAUGGCACGUAUCUUUUCUCUGUGCCUGGAUCUGUCUACUGGAUCUCGCGCCGUUACAACAUCCCCGUUUUGACCAUUGUACUGAACAACAAGGGUUGGAAUGCCCCGCGCCGCAGCAUGUUGUUGGUCCACCCCAAUGGUGAUGGUUCCCGGGCUACCAACGAAGACUUGAACAUCUCCUUCGCUCCAACACCCGACUAUGCAGGCAUUGCUAAGGCCGCAGCAGGUGGAGAAAUCUGGGCAGGCCGCGCUUCGACCGUGGCGGAAUUGGCACAGAAACUGCCCGAAGCUAUUCAGAGUGUCCUCAAUGGAAAGGGUGCCGUGCUGGAGGCGCAACUAGAUGGUACCACGGGCAAGUACAUCGAGAGCUCGUAA